AUUACUGUUUAAAACAAAAAGAGUGGGAAUGGCGUAAGAAAAGGAUACCAUUGCCGAAGUUCAAAAGGACUAAAAUUGUUGAAAAGCCGAGAAUAAAAAAGUUACCAGGUACAAAAUUAACAAAACAAGAAGCUAAAAAUAUUGACAGAUUUAAUAAACUAAGUCUACAAGUAUCACCAGAAAAAGUUAAAGUACUCAAAAAGCCGGGUUUGUCUAUAAAAGAGAAAAUAGAACUUGAACCGGUAAAAGACGAUUUUUCAGCGGAUGAUGAAGAAGAAUCUCCUAGAAACGAGAAGGUAAGAAUCUUAAAGAAGCCUGGAUUAACACUGAGAGAAAAGGGCAAACUUAAACCAAAACAUAGUGAAUUGCUUUCUGAUGAUGAACAAAGCUCUGCAGUAAAAGAAAGACAUAAAGUUCGAAUUUCGAAAAAGCCAGGGUUAUCCAUAAAAGAGAAAAUAGAACAUAAACCUGAAAAGGACGAUGUUUUAACGGAUAAUGAGGAAGAAUCUUGGAGAAAUGAGAAAACACGAAUUUUGAAGAAACCAGGAUUAACAUUAAGAGAAAAAGGCAAACUAAAACCAAAACAAACUGAGUUGUUUUCUGAUGAUGAACAAGGGUCCCUAACAACAAGAGAAAGAGAUAAAGUCCGAGUUUUGAAAAAACCGGGAUUAUCAAAUAAGCAGAAAAAUAAACUUAACAGUGAAAAACGAGAAUAUUUGACCGACGAUGAACAAGACAUACCAAACGGUAGAAGAAGUACUCUGUCAGAUUCUGUAGUGUAUGGAAAUAAAGCAAAUAAAGUGCAGAGAAAAUCACGGAAAGAAAAGUAUCAAGAAUCUCAGAUAUUGGAAGAGGAAGGAAAAGAUAGCAGAAUGAGCCAUCGAACGUUGAAUAAUCAAAGUGGCGGAGAUUACAUGGCAGACGACGGGUACGACACAACUCGUGAAUACCAGGGAAGCCAGAAUGAUACUCACCUACCUCCAAUAGAUGCCAAGUAUGGAGCUUCAAACCAGAACAGUCCUACUUCAUCGAGAAAAAUGACAGUACAUGAGAGAUUGUACGAUCCAGACUACAGAAAGAACCGAAGUGUUCCGACUGAGCCUGAACCUGUUUAUGUGCGGGAAUUUAAAUCCCGGCCUCCGAAACAGCUAGAACACGUGAAAAGCCGUCAUAUGGAUGCCACGUAUUUUGAGCCAAGAGGAGAAUAUGUUCUGGAAACUGAUGAAGAACCUGCUCCACAGUUUAAAUCAAAGCCACCCAAAAAUCUGGAGCAUGUGCAAAGUCGUCAUUUAAGUCCUGAAUACCAGAAAAAGAGGCAGGCACAAGACGGUGGGAAUGAAGAAGUCAUGCAGAAUAAUUUUGUUUCAAGGCCUCCCAAGAAGUUUGAACACGUGCAAAGUAAGAUAUUGGAUCCGAAAUACUUCGAAGAAAAACAACCUCAGCAGGAAGAAGAAAUAUACGACAAUGAAUUUAGAGCAAGACUUCCAAAGAAACUUGAACAUGUUCAAAGUAAGAUAAUGGAUCCAAAAUAUUACCAAGAGAAGCAGCCGCCGGAAGAAGAAAAAUAUGACAAUGAAUUUAAAGCAAGGCUUCCAAAGAAACUAGAACAUGUUCAAAGUCGUAUCCUUGAGCCAAAAAAGCAGAGGCCUGCUUCUGAAGAAGCCGAAACUGUGUCUUUACCUUCGUUCAGAGCAAAACCACCUAAGCACCUCGAACAAGUGGGAAGUCGAAUACUAGAUCCUGCAUUUUAUGAGCCUCGACCAGAGUAUGUAUAUGAAACUGAAGAGGACAAUAUAGAUCACAAUUUCAAAGCCAGGCUUCCAAAAAGUCUCCAACACGUGGAGUCUCGUGCCUUAGAUCCUAAGUACUUCAAGAAAAAGGUCCCACCAAUUCCUACAGAAGAACGGGAAGCCAUGAAUACAAACCAUAAUUUCAAAGCAAGGCUGCCUAAAUCUUUAGCACAUGUUCAAAGUCGAGCAUUCGAUCCUUACUAUAACAAAAGUUUAUCACCUCGUCACGAGACUCCAGUAGUUGAGCUGAAGCAAAGAGGUCAAGUAGUUGUCAUUAAUGUCAAGAAAGACCAUCAUCAUCACCAUGAAAGAAGCAAAUCAGAGGGUUAUAAAGAUAGAUAUGAAGCCGUAAGAGGAAAAGAUAGCUACUGGAGAAAUGAGGAUGCAGAAAGUUUAAAGAAAAAUGGCAAGCAAGAAAUGAGAGAGGAUGAAAAGACUCCGGAGAAGAAGGAAAGAAGGCCCUGGAGGCCACCCCGAAAACCGAAACCAGAGAAAAUAGACAAAGAAUACUUUGACAGUUGGGUGAUGACACCCACACACCUAUAUAAUGACAGUAAUGAUAUGUUCUAUAGGAACAGACGGAAUGUGUCAGAAAUGUGGACGAGCCUUGCAAAGUCCAUCAAGAAAUCUGUCGUUGAAAAUGGUGACAGAAUCAGACCUGUUGAACGAACAUAUUACUAAUUCCAUUUCGUUUAUCAUUCUUUUAUUUCUAUUUUAAUUUCAUCGAUGGCUUAAAGUAUUUUUGUUGUUGUUGGGCUUAACGUCGCAUCGACACAAUUCAGGUCAUAUGGCGACUUUCCAGCUUUGAUGGUGGAGGAAGACCUCAGGUUCCCUUCCGUGUGGUUUAACAGCAUCGCAUAUGUAUGAAUAUUCCCUAUUGUAGAGCAAAAGUUAUAUAUGGUGUAUGCGAAAGCUGUAGUGUGCUUGUGUUUGACUAAAAGCAACGUCGAUUGAACCGCUCUAUUGUUAGCAGAGAAAAUGAUCAAGAUGUCUUUUUGAAUUUUCCGAAACAAAACCUUUCCAAGUGCUUCUGUGUGCCAUCCGCUAAGGUCAUUUAACAUAUCGUGUAAGAAACAAAAUAACUUGUUUGUGGCAUUUGCCUAAUUUCUUGAUGUUUUACCAUUUAAUUGUCAAAACUAACAAAUUUGCUGGCCAGAAUCCAGUAACUCAUUCCACUAUCCGGAGUUGUGCACAAUAGCCGUUUAUCGGCAGGCCACAUAACAUUUAACUUAACCUUUAGCCUAUUGUGCCUUUGAACACCCCUUUGAAUAAUAAAUGGUAUUGUCCAAAUUGAAUGAUGGACAUUUCAUUAUAGAAAUUUAGCUGGCUUAAAGGUUAAAUGUAUACAUAAACAACCCAUUUAACGGCAAUAAUUGUGUUUUCAGUGGUUAUAAGCAUUUUUAAAUCUAGAUUAUCAAUAGGGCUGUGCCCUCGUGCAAUUAUUGGCUUAUUCACACAAAUAACCACUAAAUGCACACCAUGUUCGUUUUAUAAGUGUAUAUUAUUACUUGCAUUGCUACAGAUAUUUUGUACCCAAUACCAAAAACAUGAAUGUAAACAAUAAACGGUUAUUGAAAUGUAGCUUUCUUUGCUAAUAACCGGAUAUUACGAUUGAUCCAUGUCCCGUUUCAGUUAUUAACCAUAUGUUAAUCAUAUAAUGUCACGACCAUUAGAUAUUCUACAUCGGUGCUUCAGAAACUGUGACAGUUGCUUCAGGUGCAGACAUAGUUUCUGCUUUCGCUUUUCUGAAGCUGCACGACAUUACUUAGAUGAAAGAACAUGCGCGAAAAGUAAGACGUAUUAAAAUGAUUUCAAUAGCGGGUUAACACUUCGAAAUACUUUUUAUGUUCUCAAAUCUUGAAAAGAUUUAAUUAUGAAGUUCAGUUGCCGAACCUUUUGUACCACAGACAUUGAUGUAUAGAGCAAAUAGCUUUUAUCGUAACUGGAUGAUUUGGGUAGGUUCAGUUAUUCAUCUGUAAUACAGAUUUCAAGGAGUGUAUACAUCCAUUGUAUUUAUUAUGCGUUUGGGCUAUUGACAGAAGGUUAUGAAUAUAACAUGUGAUAUUUACAUUAAAAGAAUUAUCAAUUUGA